UAUAUAUGCCACGUCAGCAAACAGGAGAGAAAAAAUGACAUGGAGGAACUUGAUAAUCAUCCAUGCUGUAAUGAAAGGGCAUCAAAAUGAAAGGUAAGAACUUUGAGAGAGAGAGCAAAGGAGACGGAGGGUCCGAAAAAGCUCAAGGCAAUGCGGAGAUGUCUGAGUUUUCAAAGCAAAAAGACUUUGUCAAAGUUUGGAACAAAAAAAAAAGGUUUUUUUUUCUCUCCUUUCCUUUUUGUUUAGACAGCAAAUCUUUCAAUCUUUUGACAAAAUCUAUUCUUAGGAAUGUUUUUGAAUCAGAGAGCUCUCCUCACAAUCCGUUUCUCCUCUCUUUUCCCUCCUCUCUUUGCAAUGCUUUUCCAAACUCAAAGCUGUAGCCUCGCAUCAUUCUUCCCCUUUCCCCGUCGAAGAAUCUCCUCUUCUUCCCUUUGCUUUCCGCUACCUCCUCCUCCUCCUCGAGAGGGAGAGCCAUGGAGCCUUCACCGCUCCUCCUUCUGCUCUUCCUAUCUCUCUCUGCUGCUGCUUCUCACGCCUUGUCAGAAACCAAUGCCCUUUUAAACUUUAAGAAGUCUUUGGUUAUCGGGCAGGCGAAUGCCUUAGCCAGCUGGGACGAAAGGAAUCCCCCGUGCAAAUGGGCCGGAGUUUUGUGUGAUAGGGACUCGGUUUGGGGGUUGCAGAUGGAGAAUCUACAACUUUCAGGCUCUAUCGAUACAGAAGCCUUGACGGGCUUGCCAUCUUUGAGGACUCUAAGCUUCAUGAACAACAAGUUUGGAGGUCCAUUGCCAGAUUUCAAGAAACUGGUUUCUCUGAAAGCAAUUUACCUGUCACAUAAUCAAUUUGAAGGAGAUAUACCAGAGAAUGCCUUCGAAGGGAUGGGGUGGUUGAAGAAGGUCUAUUUGUCAGACAAUAAGUUUUCCGGCCAGAUUCCGACAUCUCUGGCUAAAUUGACAAAGCUCUUGGUGCUCAGACUUGAUGGCAACCAGUUUACAGGAGAGAUACCAGAAUUCACAGGGAAACUUCAAAAGCUGAAUGUUGCAAACAAUGCAUUGACAGGUCCUAUCCCUGAGAGUCUCAGUGCUAUGGAUCCAAAGGUUUUUGAAGGUAACAAAGGAUUAUGUGGAAAACCGUUGGAUACUGAGUGCCCAUCUCCCGAUCUCCCUCCAGAACCCGAGGAAGAAUCCAAGAAAGCCUCGUCAAAGGUGCCUCUCAUUAUAGCUGCAGUGGUUGCAGCCCUGGCAAUACUCAUAAUACUCGGAGUGAUUAUCUUACUUAACCACAGGAAUAGACAACCACCAUUGGCAGAAGAUGUCGGACCAUCCAGCCUGCAAAAGAAGUCUGGCAUCCGAGAGGCCGAGGUAUCCCACAGUGGCCGAUACUCGCCUGAUAACUGGAGUUCCUCGAGUGCAGGGAAGAAGACAUCUACAACAGCAGGAAUUGAGUCAACCAAGUUGUCGUUCUUGAGGGAUGACAGGGAAAAAUUCGACUUGCAAGACCUGUUGAAGGCCUCAGCCGAGAUAUUGGGGAGCGGGUGUUUUGGGGCCUCCUAUAAGGCAGCUCUCUCGACGGGCCCAGUUAUGGUGGUUAAGAGAUUCAAACAGAUGAAUAAUGUAGGGAGGGAAGAAUUUCAAGAGCACAUGAGGAGGUUAGGAAGGUUAAGGCACAAGAAUCUGCUUCCCCUUGUGGCUUAUUACUACAGGAAGGAGGAAAAGCUUUUGGUCUGUGACUAUGUUGAGAAAGGAAGCUUGGCUGUCCAUCUCCACGGUUAUCAAUCUUUAGGGCAAUCGGGAUUGGAUUGGCCGACGAGAUUGAAGAUUAUCAAAGGAGUGGCGAGGGGAAUGUUAUACCUCUGCAAGGAACUCCCUGGUCUAAUGGCCCCCCAUGGUCACCUUAAAUCGUCCAACGUUCUUCUCAGUGAAAACUUUGAGCCUCUUCUCACGGAUUAUGGCCUAAUCCCAGUGAUCAACCAAGAGAGUGCACAAGAGCUCAUGGUAGCAUAUAAAUCCCCCGAGUAUCAGCAACACAGCCGCAUCACCAAGAAAACUGAUGUAUGGGGACUUGGAAUAUUCAUCCUAGAGAUCCUAACGGGUAAGUUCCCAGAGAAUUUCUUGCACAUGGGUAAAGGAAGUGAGGAAGAUUUGGCGAGUUGGGUGAACACGGUUUUCAAAGGGGAAUGGACUCCUGAGGUGUUCGAUAAGGAUAUGGGCAAGACAGGACAUUGUGAAACAGAGAUUCUGAAACUCUUGAGGAUUGGGAUGAGCUGUUGUGAAAUGGACGUGGAGAAGAGAUUGGAUAUAAGAGAAGCCGUGGAUAAGAUUGAGGAGUUGAGAGAUCGGGACGGGGAUGAUGAUUUCUACUCUACAUAUGCGAGUGAAGCAGAUGGGAAGUCAUCCAGAGGAAAGUCAAACGAGUUCAUCAAUUUGUCAUGAAAAGAGAUGUUCUGAAUGUAUAAAAAAGAGUGUUAUGGAUGUGGAUUUACCUCUGUAAUUCCAAGCAGACGUGGACAGUGUUGGUGUGAUGUUAUGGCAAAAAUGUAUCUGCAAGAAAAAUGUAGAGUAAGAGCAAUUCUAAUCUAAAACACAGAGAAAGCAAAGGGGGGGAAGGAACAAAAACAAAAGGAAAAGAAAACGUGUGUUUGUUAAGUCAUUUGAUUUUUGUACUGCAUAGGAAUAUCGACUUGCAUGCUUCAUGUGUUCUUUUCAAAGUUCUAGCUGUUUUCCAGCUUCUCUACUCUACAAGGAAAAGAAACAAGAUUAUCAAUAA